AUGGAAUUGGUUCAUCUCUUCCACACCACCUGUCGGGAAAGUUCUCGUCUAAAAAGUCACGUACAAUCAUGCCCCAAUGUGGGGGUGCACCAUCCUGUUAAAAUAUCACAUCUGUCUGAUGUUGCUUCAUCUGAGGAACCGCAUACAUCUCCAGCAUGUCAAGAUGGUAUCCUGGAUAUUCCGAUCUUGGAAGUGGGUAUUGAUUACAUCAUUGAUGCCAUAAUGAAGAUUCCGAAACAACUGAUCACUCCGCCAUCGAACAGUGAUGAUUCUAUUCGGUACAUUCUAUUUACCCCAGAGAAUAAGAAUGAAAUCUGCCUUCUACAACCGUAUGCCCAGCAGUUCGACCUGUGUCCGUUUAAUACAAAUUACGAGACGAAAUUCUUGGUUCACGGAUUAGUCGAAAUGCUGACGCCUGAGAAUCUGUUCAUUGUUCUGAAGGAUGCUAUACUUAAACAUGGUGACUAUAACGUCAUCCUCGUCGAUUGGACCCUUUACAACGUCAUGCCCUUCAAACGGGCCUAUAGAUAUGCCGGAAUUGUUGGUGAGAAAAUAGCGGAAAUGAUGAGAUUCAUGAAGAACCAUAAAAAGGUAUCUUUAAAAUCUCUUCAUUGCAUAGGACACAGCUUAGGCAGCCAUGUGUGUGCUGCGGCAGGAAGAAAUAUUCAUAAAAUAGGAAGAAUAACUGCUCGUGGACUUGGAUAUUUAGAACCAGUUGGCCACAUUGAUUACUAUGUUAACGGUGGCGUCGAUCAACCAGGCUGUGCUAUAGGAAGUACAUACAGGGUAUUUAAAGGGAAGUCUCUGACUGUUCAAUCAUUUCUAGACCAGAUUCUUUGCAAUCACUUCAUCGCCAUUGAGUAUUUCAUUAAUUCCCUCAAGGACAAUUGCAAAUUCGUUGCUAGAAAAUGCGAAAGCAACUCGGAAUUCGAAAAAGGCAAAUGUUCUUCUGGUAUCAUAUCGGAGAUGGGGUUUAUUGCCAAGAAAAUAAAAGGAGUUCCACCUACAUCAAAAUUUUUCCUGAAAACCAGCAAAUCUCCUCCUUAUUGUAUGGGAUAG